AGCACUACGGGACAGAAGAGCCACCAGGGUUUCAAACAUGGACAAGAGAUUAUUUCUAGCACUGCUGAUCUCAGGUCUCUGUAGUGCAGCCUCAGCUCUCUCUCGGCAAUAUUACUUUGUGAAUGAGAGUAAGACUUGGUUGGAGGCUCAGAGCUACUGCAGAGAGAACUAUACUGACCUGGCUACUGUAGACAACAUGGAGGAAAUGAAGCAGCUGAUGGCGGCAGUAGAUCCUAUGUAUGUAGGAUCUUUGUGGAUAGGACUAAACAAGGCCCCCCCGAGACGCUGGGGCUGGUCUUCAGGAGAGAGCCCACAAUACAUGAACUGGAAAAGUUCAGAACCAAACGGUGGAGACAGAGAUGGACUUUGUGCAGCGAAAUAUCAGUUUAGUGGAUGGGUUGAUGCUGAAUGUACAGAUGUUUUCCAUUUUGUUUGCUACAGCGAAUGGACUAAAAAAUUUAUCCACAUUAGCAAACAAGACAAUUGGAGAAAUGCUCAGGAUUACUGCCGACAGUACUACACUGACCUGGCCACCAUUCACAAUGAGCAGGAACAUCAGAACAUUUCAGAUCUUCUGGGCAGUGUGGAAUACGCAUGGAUCGGCCUCUUUUUAGACAAAUGGAAAUGGUCUGACCGACGAAGCACCUCAUUCCGCUUCUGGGAGGCAGGACAGCCCUGGAGCCCCACAGGCAACGCAAACUGUGUUGCUGUGGUGACUACAUGGAAGGGAAAAUGGGAUGACACACUGUGUAAUACAAAUCUACCUUUCAUGUGUUAUAAAGCACCUAGACAUCGAAUAGUGAAACUGAUAAUGACCUCUAAUGGGCAGAAGGAUCUGAAUGACCCUGCUAUGAAGACAGCCAUUCUGAGUCUGAUCGAGAAAAAGUUGAGAAAACAAGGAGCAGGUAAUGACACCACCCUGAGCUGGCGAGAGAAAAAUGGAAAGGUUUUCCAUUUGCGCAAGAAGAGGAUGAUGGAGAACGAUAAGUGUGUUUAAUGUAAAGUUAGUCAUGUAUAUACGAGACACAGGCAAUCCCAGUGUCUAGCUAGCAAGCGUCAGUUUCAAAUCAAAUCUCAGAAUCUAUCAUCAGAAGUCGCCACAAUUAUCCACACUGGCAUGUCUAACAACACCACUUAACACAUCUAAUUUCACUCAACACAGGUCUGAAUCAUCAAACAAGGAACUGGAAGCAUGUUACAGAUCCAGGUGUAUAUACAGUGUGUCAAUAGAAAUGUUUACUGUCCUGAGCUUAUCAGAAGACUGAUAGCUUUAGGAGGACAAGUUCAACUUAGAUAUUAAUCAAAACACCAGGAUCAAUAUACAGGGGGUAAUAUGAUUCAAAUAAAGUCAGACUAAUUUACCUUGCACAAAAGAGAUUGUGCCUUUUGAGCUUAAAUUUAAAAAAAUUGUGGGAGAUGUUUUGUGUUUGUCUGUUUGAGUGUAACAGU